UAAAAUAAAUUUAUAUAGCAAGAUUCGAACCUGAAACAUCGGAUUAAGACACGGGCCCUAGUGGUAGCUUGUCCAAAAUUGGAAACUGGAGGACAGUAAAAAGCCCUUUCUUCUUUGCUGUAAAGCUCCGAGAGGUUGCCUCCGCCGAUUUGCACAGAGAAUUCAUCCGCCACAUUGACAGCCGUUCAAUUUUGGGCAAGAAAAGGAGGUUGCCUUUUUUCUGGGUCCAAUUUACGUUACUCUGGCUUUGAGUUUUGCCCGGAUAUGGAGGGCAAAAAGGGAUACUAAUCUGCUGUGUUUUGAUUAUUUUUGCUGGAAUGAUGCACAUUGGAGGAAGAAGAUUGCUAAUGUUUUCUUCAAAGAAAAAUGAUCAAUUAUAGAGAUAUGCAAGACCAGAGAGGACUGGAGGAAGCUUCAGCUCCUAAAUUGCGGAAAAAGAAAACAUCACAACCAAAGGCUCCAGUGUUGCAAAAAGAAGGGAAUAAGACAAAAAGGAUGCAAGAUGUGCGUGCAAUGCCAAUUCAAAAUGGGUUAACACCCACCAAAAGAGUCCCACCAAACGAAGUUUCCCCAUUAUUCCAAUAUGCUGAGAAAUCAACACCUGAAUUCUCGCCAGAUGCUUCCACUUCUGGAAAAGAAUAUCGAGGAUUAAGGAGAAAGUAUCUAUUGCUGGAAGAAGAAAGUUUUGGUCUUAAUAAAGAAUUGAGAGAAGCCGAAGAUGAGAUCAAGGCCCUUGAAGACGAGAAGCUAACACUCCUUGAUGAUCUUGUUGUGUUAGAAGGCCUGGUUGAUCCUUCAGAUAUUCAAUCCCAAGGCCAGCGAUUAUGAUGGUUUAUUCAAAAUCUGUUUUUCAGUAAACUGGGGAUAUAUACAGAAUUGUGUACAACAAUCCAACUUCUGUUAGCAUAAAGUUGAGAUUGUAACGAUGCAUUAUAUUACAUCGACUGGUUAUUUAUUGCACAAUGACCAAUCUAAACUUCCUCCCA